GUCCAUAUAAACCCAGCUGGGAAACGCGUCAAUGGGGAUGACUUCUUCCUUCCUCUAAAGUGACCCGCGGCAACAUUACCCUCACCACAAUCAUGACGGGAAGCCAGAGCGUGGAAGGAAGCUGCAAUUGCGGGGCGGUCACCAUCAUUGUCACAAACCCCACUCGAUUGAAUCAGGGGGUCAUGGUCUGCUACUGCGUCAAUUGUCGGAAGCAGAGUGGUGCUGCUGGUACCUAUGUGGUUGUGAUUGAGGACAAGGACCAGGUCGUCAAGGGGAGCCCCAAGAAAUAUGUUGACACCAACACCAACUGCGGUCGGUCCCUGGAUCGCUAUUUCUGCGAUACUUGUGGCUGUCCCAUUAUGUAUCGGAGUGAAUCAGUGCUCCCAGGCAAGUCGCUGCUGAUGCUAGGAAUAUUCCCGGAGAUCCCCAAGCCGGUGGCUGAAGUGUGGACGAAGCGUCGCCCGGACUGGCUUUCACCCCACAUUGAUGUGCUGCAGUAUCAUAUGGACAUCCCUGAUGAUGUUAGUGGUGAAGAGGCCCAACGACUGGGCUGGUAAUUGCAAGAGAUAGUUCAGAAUGAGUGGACCUAGGUUUAGAUUCUAGGCUGCAGCUGAAAUUCAAGGACAAAAUAUAAAUAAAAAAGGUCUACCAGGAACUUGACAAGAGAAAUUCAAUCAAACACGAGC